AUGCGCGCUCAGCAUCUCAUUCUUGCCGCUAUUGGCUUUGCUGCUGCUGCUCCUCUUGAUGUGCGAGGAGCUGACGCUGAGGCCGAAGCCAUUCCCUUCUACCCCAAGAGAGGUGCGAACGCAGAAGCUGAGGCCAUCCCCUUCUAUCCCAAGAGAGGAGCGGAUGCCGAGGCCGAAGCUAUUCCUUUCUACCCUAAGAGAGAUGCCGAUGCCGAGGCAGAGGCCAUCCCUUUUUACCCCAAGAGAGGUGCGAACGCAGAAGCUGAGGCCAUCCCCUUCUAUCCUAAGAGGGGCGCCGACGCUGAGGCGGAGGCCAUUCCGUUUUACCCGAAGCGUGGUGCCGAUGCCGAAGCUGAGGCUAUUCCCCUUUACCCUAAGAGGGACGCCCGUGCUAAGGCCUAA